AUGUCGGCAUCACAAUUGGAAACGCGCCUGUUCAUCAACAACGAGUAUGUCAAGUCCAGUUCUCAGGAAACACUGACUGUGCGGAACCCAUUCGAUGACUCGAUCAUCUCGACCGAAGUUCAAGUCGCUGGCCCAAAAGAGAUUGAUGCAGCUGUUACCGCAGCACACGAAGCAUUGUCACGCGGCCCAUGGGGCAGUUUUACAGGCGCUGAGCGAGCAGCAUGCAUGCUUAAAUUCGCUGAUCUUGUCGAGCAGCAUAGCGAAGAGCUUGCUCUACUCGAAACAAUUGCGAUGGGAAAGCCAGUCUCACUAAUUUUGGGCUUCGACUUGCCGCACAUGAUUGGGUGCUAUCGAUAUUAUGCUGGAUGGGCCGACAAAAUCGAAGGCGAGUCCUUUGCCUCAGAAGGCGGUGUUCACAAGUUCACCACACAUCAACCCCUAGGGGUCUGUGCAGGCAUCGCCUCGUGGAAUGCUACCUUUCUCUACGCUGCGUGGAAAAUUGCCCCUGCUUUAGCUGCUGGGAAUGCGUUUAUCUUUAAAGCCUCGGAGAAAUCGCCGUUAGCUAUGCUUUCUAUGGCGCGUUUAUACAAAGAAGCAGGUUUUCCGCCAGGUGUUGUUCAGUUCGUAUCAGGAGGUGGAGAAACGGGCUCUCUGCUCUCUAGUCACGCAAGAAUCGCCAAAAUCAGUAUAACCGGCUCAAUCAAUGCUGGUAUCAAGGUCCAAGAGCAAGCCACAAGAAGCAACUUGAAAAAGGUGGUCCUAGAGCUUGGUGGCAAAUCGCCGGCCAUUGUUUUCAGUGACGCCGAUUUUGCUCUUGCGGUGGGCAAUACAUCGCACGGUUUCCUCGUCAACAGUGGGCAGAUUUGUGCGGCAGCCUCUCGGCUUUACGUACAAGAAGAUAUUGCGCCCAGGUUUAUUGAGGCAGUAAAGGGCGAGUUUGAGAAAGCAUCAUCCACUUUGGGAGCAGACCCUCGAGACAAAACAACCGUCCUCGGACCACUUGCAGAUAAGAAACAGUUUGACAGUGUUCUUAAAUUUAUUGACGAUGGUAAGAAAAGUGCAAAAUUACUAACAGGAGGGAAACGCAAAGGCGAAACGGGCUAUUUCCUUGAACCGACGAUUUUCCUCGAUCCCUCGGACGAUAGCCGUGCGUACAAAGAGGAAAUUUUUGGGCCAGUCCUAGUGAUAAAGACGUUUAAAACAGAGGAAGAUGCCAUCAAACUCGCCAAUAACUCAGGCUAUGGCCUCGCAGGUAGCGUCUAUACGAGAGAUUUAGAUCGGGCCCUGCGCGUCAGUUCUGCCGUCGACAGUGGUUCUGUGUCUGUGAACGGGCCAACCAUUCCAGCCUAUCAAACUCCAUUUGGCGGUUUCAAGCAGAGCGGAAUCGGAAAAGAGCUUGGCAAAUACGGGCUGCUCGAGUAUAUGAGGACCAAGUCUGUUCAUAUUAAGUAA